UCAGAAAUUAACGGAGCCGGGCAAAGACGUGAAGACAUGAAGAGGAGGAGAGAAGAAGCUCUCUGCUGAUGCUGCUUUACCUUUUUUUUUUUUUCUUCUUGCACAGCGUGAAUGGUCUGAUGCCUCCCGGGACGCUGUGAUUGGCGCUGGAUAAUUGCUUUUGUUAACACAGGGACUGAUUUGUAUUUCUGUGAGUCGGCUGUUUUCUUAUUUUUUUUUUUAAAUGGUCCUCUUCUGUGGGCUAAUCCUUGCAGGGGCGCAGAUGCAUUUAGGGCCACCUUUACUGUGUGACCCCCCUCCCCACCACCUUUUGUGAAUGAUAUAAAACAAUGAUUUUGGUGGCCCCUUUGCUUCUUUAACAAGAGGUUCUCUGUGGACCGUCUGAAUGCAGGGCGACCAGUCUGAUUGCAUUUUUAGACUGUUAGUGGAGCUGCUCUGUGUCUCGUGUUUCUCAUGCCUUGCUUAGAAACACCACUAUGAUAGGCUCCCCAGAUGUGGUGGCUUUCACUAAAGAGGAUGAGUAUGGGCAGACCAAUCCUGACGCCUGGACUCUCCCAGAGGAGUUCUCUGUUCCCCUCUACCCUCUGGCUGACUCCAACCCCUGGGCCAAAACCUCUUAUGCCAAGUUCACCAAAGACUUUAUCCUCAUCUCCGAGUUCUCUGAACAGGUGGGCCCUCAGCCUCUCCUCACGAUCCCUGAUGAUCCCAAAGUUUGUGGCACCUUCGACCUCAACUACUUCUCCCUGCGCAUCAUGUCAGUGGACUACCAGGCCUCCUUUGUGGGGCAUCCGCCCGGCAGUGGCUACCCAAGGCUCAGCUUUGUGGAGGACUCUAGGGUGGUGCUGGGCGACUCGAAAGAGGGGGCAUUUGCCUAUGUGCAUCACCUUACCCUUUACGACCUUGAGGCGAGAGGCUUCGUGCGGCCGUUCUGCAUGGCGUAUGUUGCGGCAGAUGAAAAGAAGAUCAUGCUGCAGUUUCAGGAGCUGUCCCUUCGCUUCUCCCAGGCCUCUGAGUGCCUGAAGGCUGGGAACAGGAGAGCAUUUGCCAAGGAACUCCAGAGGAAACUCCGAGACCUUGAGUAUACUCACUCUGUGCUGCAGCGGGAGGAGGGCCUGCAGAGAGAGGCGGGGCCUCAGAGCAUGUACUCAGCUCAUGCUGUGGAGAAGGCCAAUGAACUUGCAAACGUUGAAAAGAGCAUUUAUGAACACAGAGACUUGCUGAAGCAGAUCAGCUCCUACCAUCGCCGUCCACGCCGGGAUCCUCACGCUGUCACCUGCCAAAAGUGUGUGAACGAGUGCUUGAGUGAGUGUGAGGAGCUGCUGAACAAAUACGCCAAGCUUGCCUCCCCCUGUGGUUACAGUGAAAAAGUGGGGAAAGGGCAGGACAGGCAGGGUCAUCCUGAUGAAAGAGGUGAAGACGAAGUGGAUGAGGAAGAAGAUGAGGGUGUCAAACGCAAGCUGUCUUACACGCCGCAGCUGAUCAAAGCUAAAUCUGCCAAAUGUUUUGACAAGCGCCUGAAGACCCUGCAAGAGCUAUGUGACGAGACCUUCUAUGAGGCUACUGUGGAGCUGCUGAAGGAGACGGAAAGGAGUUUCCGGGGGGACCUGUGUUACCUGUACACACACCGCCUGGACAAGGCACUACGGAGGAAACAGAAAGUCACCACCUUUUUGUUUGAAGAGGACCUCAGUGAUGAUGAUGAUGAGGAUGAAGUGGGAACACUAAGACCAUUCUGUGCUGUGAACCAUGCUGUAGAUAAUUAUGUACUCUUAAAUCCCCCUCCUAUUCUUCUAGGACCAGACCCUCAUGAACUAGAUGCACUGGACCCUCCAGAGCAGCUAGACCCAGCUUCUGAGAACAGUGUUACUCAAGAGAGUGAGCUUGGACUUGGGGAGAGUCACCUGGAGUCCUCCCCUUCAGACCAGACUAUUGAAACCCAGGAGAGCUCUGAGGAGACCAAAGGAAGCUUUAGCAGUGAUAAGAGUGGAGCGGGCCAAGCAGAGAAGCAGCAGAGUCUGGUUAGUAUGAAGUCAGAAGCUCCGGAUCCUGAUUCUGACUUGACCCCUGACCCUGACAAUAACCUGGAGAGAGAGAGUAGUAGUGAAGAGAUGGAGACAACAGCAGGGGAGGUUGAAGGUGAGGACGGGGGAGACCAGACACCCGUGUCUUUGUUGGAAGUGAUGCCUGAGCUUGAAGCUGGCAGGGAAGAGGAGUGUGAGGGCGUAAAUGAGUCUGAGUUACUGGUUCCAAUAGACACAACAUGCUGCAUGGCCCAGGAGGGUUUUCUUUAUGAGCCUUCUGCCCCAGAGGUGGUGCCUCGUCUCUGCCAAAACUCCCACCUGCAGCCCUCUCAAACCCUCGUGGUCAACCAGGAGCCCCAGGCCCUUCUUCCACUCCAGGAUGAUUACACAGUCGGUUCUCCAUGCACAGAAAGCCCCGCAACUGGGCUGGAGCUGCCAAGUGGCUUCCUUGGAGAUGCAGUUUCCCGUACCUCAGUGGAGGACGGGUCAGAUUGCACCAUGAGUGCUUCCACGGGGUCCGAUCACACUGCAUCGCCGGUUGGCUAUGGGGCGGUGGUGACCCUGCGUCAGAGGAAGAAAGCUGGCCAAGGAGCCUUGAAGUUUGUGCGUCAGUACCCCUUUGCCAUGCAAGCCCUGUGGUGUCUGCUGAGCGGCAGAACCCUGGUGGUGCUCGGAGCAGAUGAGGGGAGAGUCCGCCGGUUGGUGGCGGCUCUGGCGCUCUUUGUACCGGCUCCUGGGAAAUGUGGAGAGAGGGUUCAAGCUUGGCUGUCAUGUCCCUUCACCCUCACCGACCUGCAGAGGUGGAAACUCAUUGGAUUGCAGAGAGUGGCGUCCCCCCUGGGCUCCAGCAUGCUUUACUCGCUCUCCCGCUACAGUCGCUACAUCUCCAUCCUGGAUGCCGACCAGAAGACCUUGCGCUGUCCGCCGUAUCGCGGCCAGCUGCUCGCGAACAUAUCCGACCACCGCACCUACAUCCGCCGCGGCUCCACUUACUUCCUCCACUUACAGAGCACACUCUGUCACAUGGCAGCCAAGGCCUUCUUGUUCACUUUCACCCAUCACCUCCACCUGCCCGUCAGCACCACCGAGGGGCCCGAGGUCGUGGAGAACCGACGCCAUUGCUUCCUGCAGGAGCAGCUGGGGCUGGGCACGGAGGACAGCCAGAUACUGCUCUACCUCAGCCAGCUCAUCACUCAGCAGUACCUACAGCCUGCUGGCAGCAGUGCAGCAGCACCUUCUUUUAGUUUUAACUACACCACCAGCGUUUUAUAUAAGAUCUAAUACUAUAUAGGGAGGAGGAUUGUUACAUUUUUUGCAGAAUUCAUCUGUGAUAUUUCACUUUUUAAUGGACCAAACGCGAUCUUAAUAAGGUCUAAGGUCAGUUUAGUUUCAGGACAAACUCGCUGCACUGGUUAUUGUUUUAUUUGUGCGCUCUCUCUCUGCCUUGCUGUCUUUCUCCUUUGGCUGCAGGGAAAAAGAUACAGAGUGAGUUGUGAAUGUGCAUCAGUGUUCACUUGUGAGCAUAUUGACACAGCCACAGAUAACAGAGCAGAUGAAGGCCGGCUGUACUCGGCACUUUUUGACUCAGUUAUGUGGUUUUUGAGGUCUGUCCCAGCUUUUCUGAGCACAAACACACACACACACACACACCUGUUAAACCUUACAGAACUCAAUUCAACAUGGCUGUUUGUGUGUGCUCAGCCAGCAGCUUGCAAACAGGUUCGAUCUCAGCUAAGUGUCAACACCUACCAGUCACAGAGCAGUUUGUCAGCUUUGACUUCAUUCACGCUAUAUGUAAACAUGUUUUUCAGGCUUAUGGGAACAAACUCACAUAUGCUGACAUUUUCUGCCCAUCGAGGACAGACGUCCGCUUACGACACCUAAUUAGCACCACGGAGGCUUAUUACAGCUAGUUUUAUGACAUUCCUCUCCCUUUGAAAAUCACCACAGAACUUUCAUAGGUCAGAACCCUUUAAUUUUACCUUUUCACUGACCCACUCUUUUUUUUUUUUUCUCUCUCUCUCUCUCUCUCUCUGUUGAGAAUGAAUUUUAUUGCACAUUCCUGCACUAACGGAUGAAUGUCCUCCUGCUGUUGGAUUUUAACUGAGUAGAUUUAACCUGUGAGAGCACUGAGAAAACAUUUCCCAAGGGCUGCUGCUGGGUUGUCAUGCAUGAGGAAGUCAAUAACAUCCAGUCAGCUCCACGUGAUAAGUUGCAUGUCCAGAUAUGUACUGUCAUUGCACACCUAUUUACCCGUGUAUAGGGCCAGAAGCUGCCAAAACCUGUUGAUACUCACUCCUGCUGAGCAUUUUCACUAUUAUUACUCACACAGUCAGGAAGAUUUUAUAGCCUCUUAACCUAAAUGUAUUGGAUUUCACUGUUGUCUUAAAUUUGUGUGAGGUUGUUGUGGUGUCGGGGUGUCUUGUGCCAGGGUGAUCACUAUACUGAUAAUCUUUCACUUUCAUUGUAUUUAGAUGAAGCGACUUGGAUCAGAUGCUGAACAGUUUGAGGACAUGUUUUGUUUUGUAUAGUUUUUUUAUAUCAUGAGAGGAAAUUACUUCUUGUGGCAUCAAAUGUUUGAUUUUGGACGAUUGCCUCUCCUUUAUUUAACAAACCUUUGCUGGAGAUGUGCUGUGAACAAAUCUCUGUGUAUUUAUUAUUCUUUUGAUUAUGGCCAUUGUGAUUUGUGCACAUAGAAUUUGUGUUUGGUCAACUGAAGAAGUAAGACAAUUUAAAGUGGCCCUAUUAUUAUAUUUACUUACAGCUCCAUAUUUAUUUUCAUUGUUGGGCUCUAGUAAAGUAGCUUUGCGUGAUUCACAGUACACAAUAAUCAGUAUUUAUCCUCAUUCAUAUUGGGCCUCGAUGCAGCCCCUUAAUUCAUCCACUCUCUGAAACAGGCUCUCCCUUUAAGCCACCUUUCUUCCGAUUGGCUGCCCUUCACCUGGCUUCCACAACAAAAUCUGGUGCAGGUGAGCACAGCAAUUUCUGCUCACCUCUGUGAAGGUUCAAACUAAACCUAUUAAAAGAGAUAAUUUAACAUUCUUGACAGGAAAUGGCAACUUCCCAGAGCUUGCAUUCAAUUCAGAGUGUCAGAGUAGACAGCAGAGACCUCUGCAGUGACAAAGAUUUACAUUACAUGUUAAACUUGUGACAAGGAUAAUACAUUGCAUAUGUAUUUCGGUGUCUGUAUACAGUAUGUCCCUCUUGAUAGGUGAAUAGAUGAGGAAAUUGACUGAAAUCCACAUUAAGGUGGGAAAAAUCAAAAAUACCAAAGGUAUGUGGCCAGUAAAAUGUUCUGACAGUAUUGUAACAAUAUAACUGCUUUUAUACUUUAUAAACAAAGCUUGCAAGCAUUAAUAUAUUUAUAAAGAGCAGCUUAGCGACAUUUAAAUGUUUCCUUCCCUGAAACUGUAGCCAGGAGCCAUUUAGUCUGAUUACAGCUUCCUCACAGACUGUGUUUCUAACUCCUCGACCUUGGCUCAUCUUUUGGCUUUGGCCAUGUUUAAUAUGUGCCUCCACUGUAAUAUGUAGGUGACAGAAUUUUUUUUUUUUUUUUUUAAAAAGCAUAAUAGGUCCACUUUAACUGUUGAAGUCAUAUUGGCCAGUGAAACAGCAAUGAAGAAACGUCCUCGACAGUGUCUUUAAAUUUUAUUGUUCCUAGUUCUGUGGUGACAGUGAUGGUGCUGUCAUGGUAACUGUACUUGUGACUGCAUGGUUUUAUUGUGAAAGGUCAAACAACAUAGGAUCAAGUCUGUUGUCUUUCUUGCUACAAUCAAGGCUUUUAAACUACUGACAGCAGUCUCACACUUUUUAAAAUUCCAUUGAGUGUAUUAUUUCAGUUCAGUGUAGUUUGGGCUUUGUGAUGAUUAUUCUUUCGCUGCAUGUGAUGUCUGUUAAAGUGCUUUUUUUUUAUUUCUGCUCAGAUGUUACAGCAUUUUUUUUUAAGCUAAUGUCCCCCUAAUGCAAAAAGCUGAAUGUAAUCUGAAUAAGCCAUACCACAGUGUGCUUAACAUGUUGUCACUCAGUGUCCUUAUGUUGCCAUAUCAUGUCUACUUUUUGGCUCUCGUCGUGAGGCGGUGUUGCACUCACUUGCGCUCUGUACGGCGGCGUGUUUGCCAGUGAUCUGAAUAAAGCACGUUGUGAAUGUCUUGAUGUUUUUUAUGCCAUGUUGACAGUAUUCAUUUAUUAAAUUAUUUUUUUGCCUGUUUAAGCACUUGGGGUGCUGAU